UAACUUGCUUGGAACAUUAGGAAACCGUAUGAAGACGUUGCCUAAGUCUUUAAAAUUACCAAAAUUACCACGAACAAAUAACGUAUCUAAGUCGUGUGUCAGCAGGACUGAGUUUAAGAGUCAAGAGCACAAUUAUGAUCAGCCUGGUUGAAACCUACCAUCACAGAUCACGAACCGCUCUCGCGCGUCUUGCGUCAUUGAAGUCUGUGAUCUAGAGGAGGUGCGAUUCGAUUCACUCAUUCAACAAGCUGUACAUUUCUGCGAGGUUCUGGCAGUUUUAACAGCAGAAAACACCCCUAUUACGGAUCAGAAGAAAUGGAGCUGCAGAAAUUGAACCGAAACGCUGCGACCACACGGUAACGCGAGCGUCGAUGAGGAGAGGACUAAAGAAUGGCUGCUCCUGACCUCCUUGAUCCUAAAACAGCCAUUCAUAACUCCAAACCUCGUCUCUCAUUCUCUGCUCAGCCAGUGCUGCUGAAGCCUCCAGAAGACUUUGAGCCUCGUGUAACAGUCAUGCGCUGGAAAACAGUGCUGAGUGUCUUCCUGCUGGUGGUGCUGUACUUGAUUCUUGGAGCAACUGUGUUUAAAGAGCUGGAACAGCCUCACGAGACAUCACAGAAACUCGCCAUCUUAGUGGAAAAACUGGAAUUCCUUGAGCAGCAUCGCUGUGUCAACUCCUCAGAUCUGGAAUACUUAGUGAAGCAAGUGGUGUCAGCGUUACGGGCAGGAGUGAACCCUUCAGGAAACUCAUCCAAUCAGAGCAGUUUAUGGGACCUCAGCAACUCAUUCUUCUUCGCUGGAACAGUUAUUACAACCAUAGGAUUUGGGAAUAUCUCACCUCACACAGAGGGUGGACGCAUCUUCUGUAUUAUCUAUGCCCUGUUGGGAAUUCCUCUGUUUGGAUUCUUGCUGGCAGGAGUGGGAGACCAGCUUGGAACAAUCUUCGGAAAGGCCAUUUCUAAAGUAGAGGGUAUGAUUGAUAAGUGGAACGUGAGUCAAACCAAGAUCCGUGUGAUCUCUACUGUUCUUUUCAUUCUGUUUGGUUGUCUCCUCUUCGUCACUCUGCCGGCCAUCAUAUUCAAACACAUUGAGGGCUGGAGUGCGCUGGAGUCCAUCUACUUUGUCGUCAUUACCUUGACAACCAUCGGCUUCGGAGAUUUUGUUGCGGGCGAGGGUGAGCGACGCCACCAUGAAGAGAGCAGUGGUGGUUCUGAAUUGGAGUACUUGGACUAUUACAAGCCCCUGGUGUGGUUCUGGAUCCUGAUUGGUUUAGCAUACUUCGCUGCUGUUCUCAGUAUGAUUGGAGACUGGUUUCGUGUCAUAUCCAAGAAAACAAAGGAGGAGGUAGGAGAGUUUCGAGCUCAUGCCGCUGAGUGGACUGCUAACGUGUCUGCAGAGUUUAAGGAGACUCGUCGGCGACUGAGUGUCGACAUUUAUGACAAAUUCCAGCGUGCUGCAUCGAUCAAGCGCAAACUGUCCGCUGAAAUAUACCUCAGCCCACCUGUCAAUCAGCAGAUGACACCAGGGAAACGUGCACAUUCAGUUAACCUCGGAGAUGAGAGAGAGGCAUAUUCCUACACAUCUGUAAGAAAUGGAAGCUUAUUCCUCAACGGCCUUAUCCCGGAUUACACUGACCAUCGAGAUAUCAAUAAAAUACAAACAAAAUGAGCUGGAACUAAAGACAUUCACUGACAAACUGUGGGAGCAAAAACUAUAGGAUGUAUAAGGAAGGAUAAGACAAAAGGAAAAACGAGAGGACAAAGACUAUACAUUUCAUAUAAAGAAAAUAGAAAGACACCAUUGUGUGGACAAAGAGCAUUGUUCUCCAUUGACGGCAAUGCAAAAAUAUCCAUGUAUUCUGACUAAAUCAUUUUUGUUAGCAACAUAUAAGUUAUUUGUAAUUUAUACGAUUAUAGUUACAGAUUAAUAUACUGUAGAUGUUUCACAAGUGCCCCAUUUUUUUUUUUUUUUGAUAAAUCUAAAAUGCAUGUAAGUCUUUUUUAUCAUUCUUCUGCAGGAAAAGUCUAAUAUAGACAGCAUGACAUUUACUGAAUGUUAGCAUUCCGGCACUGCAUGCUGCAGCUGAGCAUCUACAAUUGAAAUGAAUGAGAAUGCUAACCAGCUCUCUCUCUCUCUCUCUCUCUCGAGUCUACCACACUCCAAAAAAUGUCUGCACAGUCCAGCAAAAUGAAGGCACAACAUCACUCUUUCCAAAAAAAACCAAAAAAAAACUUUUGUAUUACUUCUAUCCCAACUGCAGGCAUACACUGCAGCAAGGGAGCGAGGAAAUUCCUUGACAUUAUAAGUUGAACAUUCCCAACACAGCUUUCUUGCACCGUCCAUGACCAGAUGCACAGAGGCACAGUGGCACAGUUAAAAGUGUCGAAUGAUUCUCCUGCCCUGGACUGAAAGUCACAUGCACAAUCCUCAUUCAAAUUGCCUUCCCCAGCCUAACCAAUCAGACCUCAAGCGAGCCCUGCAGCCUCUGACAUUCAGAUCGCUGGGCUGAGACGGAGAGAUUGCACAGUUGCCAUGGAGAUCCGAGACACAUUUUAAGCCACCAGCUCCACUGCAAGGACUACUAUGGUUGUCAAGCCAUGACUGUAAAUUUCGUCCUUCUCAUACCCAUUUGACACUCUUGAGGGAAUAAAGAGAUACAGACAAAUCAGACACAAGAUUCUUUAUAGAUGAAGUGUGUCCUCAGAUGAAUCAGAGUUCCAAAGGUAUCAAAGGUACUCUAAAAAAGAUAGAAAUAGAUUUAACUAAAAUGCCUUGAUCUUGUUGUAAAGGGUGGAUUUACCUGGCUGAACAAAAUGCUGAUUUCAAUAUGAUUGUUAAUCUUACAGAGCCAUUCUGUUUCAUUUCUGCUUUGAGAACAACAAAAAAUAAGGAUGCAAUUAAGAUCUUUAAGCUCAAAGGGAAAAAAAGUAUUAUCUUAUGGUGUGUUCACACUUGGCAGGUUUGGUUCUAUUAAAAUCUCAGUCCGCUUCCAAACAAACUCUGGUGGGGUUAGAAUGAAAUAUGAACGCAAUAGACCUUAUGUAGCCCCGCCCCUUUUCAGCGUUGCGCUCGUUGUCUUUUGACUUCCUGGUUUGUAUUUCCACAGCGAUAUUACAUUUAUGAAUGAACUGCUCAUUUUAA